CAGUCGAGAGCUGCUUCAUGCAUAGAAACGCCUUCGUUUAUGAAACGACCUGAGCUGAGUAGAGACUUGAUGAAAGUCGGGAGGCAGAGGCGCCUGAUGUGGACGGUAAGUGCUAUUAUUUUUAAUAGAAGUAAAAUUGCAAAACAGAAAAGUGUUCUUAAUAAAUAGCAACUUUAGCUUUAUGUUCUUGUAGUUAUGAUAGUGUUUCAAUUGUUCUAGUUUUUAGUAAAAUCUAGGUUAAGUAAUCUUGAAUAUUUUCAUAGUUUCCUAACGCUUUGAAUGUCUCAUGUUUUUAGGCAUAGAUGUGACAAGUCAUGUCUCAGAGUAACAAGAAAAAACGUUUGGGGUCCCGUCGGGCGCCGCCACACCAAACCAAGCUCUUUGGUGCCCAUGAAAAUGUAACAGACGAGCAUUCUGAAGAUCAGCUCCAAGUACCAGAAGUUCAAGAAGCUGUAGACCAAAACGAAGCUGGAGUCUCAUUGAGCAGAAGAAAGUUGGGGUCAAGUCGUAAGAGAACAGGGAGGCAACAUGGGAAGGACACGGAAACCAAAGACGACGAUGAGGAGACCAGCUCGGAUGUAACCCUCGAAACCCACAUUUCUGCAGCAGCAUCAGAAAUCCAAUUGAAUCAAACGUCUGCAACCCUUGAUGACUCUUUUGCAACCGCUGCUUCUGAUUAUACCCAGUCCGGUUCAACGCCCUCUCCAGAAAUCCCCUGUGUUGAUAAUCCACAAGACUGCAGGAAUGAAACCAACCUGAGGGUGACUGAAGCGUUUGACAGCCUUCAAAGUGAGGAAACCAAAGCAAACGAAAUCCUCGCUGAGAUAACCCCACAGAAUGCAUCUUCGUGUUCAGAAGGUUCUCAGGAUGACUACCCAGUGGGUGAGUUUCAUGUCACAUUUUCUGAGACGAUCACAAUUCCAAGCAGCUGCGGGGAAACUAGUGAGAGUAGAAACAGUAUUGAUCAAGUAAUUGAGUCGUCUAAAGAGGAGUUGACCUCAAAUGAGAAGCAGUGUGAUCUUCUUAAAUCAUCUGAAACCAGUGGUGCUCAGUUUCCACAGGUGGGUGUGAAUGAAAAUCACGAAAAAGAUGAGUCAAAGAAAGUUCUUCUAAAUGAUCCAACAUUUCCAAGCGACAUUGAUGAAACCGUUGAGACUUCUAAAUCCCUGUUCAGUGUAAAAGCUGCUGAUACAGAGGACGUUUUAUCUCAUGAAGACGAUCAGAACAUGUGUUUUAUAAGAGGGGACUGUUUGCAGGAUGAGAGAAAAUGCUACCCCAUCACAGGAGGUCAAGAAAGUGCAGAGGAACAGAUGCAUGGAGGUUCUGAUGAGCAUGAUAAACAGGCUUCUGAUGAACAAAAUGUUCGUCAACAAGAACGAGGAGUUCCCUCUGAAGUUGAGCGGAGCAGUUUUUCUCUCCAAAGCCCGAUGUCGGAGUUAAGUACCCCUUUUAAGUCCCACUUACACAACAGUUCUGUGAGCUCUGAUGGAGACACAAACCUCAGUGGAAUUACAAAACAUCCCGGGUAUCACCAUAAAAAUAAAGAAAAACACGUUCAAGAAUCUGCAGACUGUGCUAUAGAAAACACAGAGAGCGAUAAUACCCUUGAACAGUUAUUAGGAACCGAGGCUGCAAGUCAGAAACAUGAUUUAAUCUCCUCUGUUUCACACGACAGUCCUCCAUCUUCAGUGUCUGUAGAUGGACAGUCUGAAGAGCAUGAAGUUUUAUUGCCACAUCAGGAACCCAACCUGGAGAACUUCAGUGAAAAAAUACCAGAAAAUCCUGAAGAAAAAGAGGCAGAAAAUACAGUUGAUGAAAACGUGCAGCAGAAAGAGGAUAAUUCUCAUCAUUGUCGUUCAGAUUAUUCUGAAUCUGAAGUGCCGGAAGAUGAGGUUCUUUAUCACUCAUCAGAAACAGCUGCAAAUGAAGCCCGUCUCCAAUCCUUGAUUGACCAAAAUACUUUUCUGCCGGAGCUUCCAGGGACAGAUACUGCUUUCACAAAUGAGGAUACUUCAAGUUAUGAUGACAAACCCCAAAAAACCUGUGAGGCUUUAGACACACGAGAUGAAGAUCAAGAUUUAUUAGAUACUGAAAAAACAGGGAUCAGAGAUAGAGACCAAGUGGAUUUAGCUCCAAGACAGGAGCAUCAGUUCAUAGAGGAUCAAAUCAAAUCCACCUCUGAGCAAAUAUUUCUUCUAGAAACAGAGGAGAACAAAUCUGCUUUAUCAUCUUUUCAAUCACAAAGUAGUGUUUCUUCAGAGGCCCAGCCUCAGGCUAGUUCCGUGCUUUUGGUUGAAGAAAACAGUGCAAGCUUUCAGCAGAGCGAAAGCACAGCCGGCCAAGAAAAAACAGAAGAAACAAAGCUGGAGGAAAAGGGAAAAUAUGACACAUCAGAGAGCCCAAAACUGAAUGUACAGGCUGACUUCUCUGAGUUAAAUAUGUUUGGUGUAAUUUCAGUUUCCAAGAAAGAAGAAGAGGUAAUUGACGAAUGGUGUUACAGAGAGAAGCAAAAUGAUGAACCUCCCAGUGUGCCUCUAGUAACACUUCCAGAAAGACAAGAAUGCACGACGGCUCUAAAGCAGAAUGACAUUGUUCAACAUUUAAUAGUGUGUGAACCAAACGUGGGCCUUUCUAUAGCAGAGAGACCCGCUGAACAAAGCAGCGAAGAACUUACAGAAACCAAAGGGAGGCUGGAGAUAACAUCCCCAAUAGAUGAGGGGCUGACCGGAGAAGAACAGCUAGCUAAUGUCAGAGCGGCUCGACAUUCAGAGAAUGCUGUUAACACAGAACAUGGAGCGGAGGUUGAGUCAGCACUAAUGCAAGGCAUCUCUCACAGUGAUGAAGAACAAAAUGAACAUUUCUUCUCUAAAAUUCAAAUUAAAUUUACAGAGCCACACCAGUCCGAACUCGCUGUUGAUUAUGAUGAGUCACGGGUCAGCGAUAAAGAAGGUGUGGACUCUGCUCUGGGAGAUAGACGUGAAAUUAAAGUGCAAGAAGAGAAUGCCCUGAAUCCCAACACCACAGGAACCGGUCUGAUUCUUAAAGAACCUUUUUCUAAAAUGGAGGGCAGUGAAUCUUCUUCAGUGACACAAGAUGAUUUGAAUUCUUAUUUUAUUAAUGAGGUUUGGCAACAUUUUACAAGUAAUGAAGGAAAUACAGAAGUGUCACAUUUGAGUUUUGAGGAGCCAGUGGAAAUGCAGCCAGAAAGAAUAAAAAAUGAUUUGUGCACUGAAAACAUUCCAGAUUCUGACUUUCUACCUUCAAGUUCUUCAGCAGAACUUCUGCCAAACCAAUCACAUUCCCCGCAGCUUCCAGAAAAAAAGGACGGCGAUUCAGAUGUGGAAAUUAUGAUGUCCUAUGGAAAUUUACCAAGCAACAAAUUACCCAGUCAGAACACGGUGUACACAUGCACACCAGAGAGCCCCACAGAAACAAUGAACCCCAAAGACCAGACUUCAUCAUCUCUGCAAGAGACUUUUACAACAAAUAAUGAACCAUGUGGACAUGUCGACCUUUUAAAUCCUGCGGGAAGUCAACAUGUUUUGAGUGAAGCACACACAGCACAGGUUAGCAAAACACAAGAAACACAUCAAACUGAUUACAAUUCAGGAAUUCAGAAGGAAAGUUUUCCACUAACAGACACAGAUUAUGAUUUGAAAUCCAGUCACCUCAGCAAAAAUGAAAGUCAGUCAAGUACGAAACCAGCAGGUAACAGAAGGAAGUUUGGAUCGAGCCGAAGGCCUAAAGAAAAACAACACAACAAAGCUGAUGAAGCGAGUCAAGAAUCUAAAGAAGACGAGCAAACUGGGCGCAAUGAAGUAACAGAGACAAUGACGAUGAGUCAGGGAGAACCAGAAGAAGUCCUUUCUGUUGCAAAAGUAAGAAAGAUUAACUCAACAGGGCCUGAUGAUAACAAGUCGUUACAGCUGCAAGAGGGGAAAACAGCUGUUUUAGACAAUGCUCUGGUUGACAGCUCUGUUGCAAUUUCAGAUAAAGAGGAUUCCUCAAAAUCCAGUGAAGACAAACACUUCGGAUGUGGAAAAGAGCCGGAGAACUCCGCUCAGCUUACAGGAUAUGACUCGGUUGAAAAUGAGAAGAUACAAUCAUCACAAGCCUCUGUGUGGACCAGUCACCCAGAUACGCUGAGUAACUUAUAUCAUGAUGACAUUAUCAGCCCAGAAAGUGUGCUUGUUCCUGAUCAAAAAGAAGCCUCUCGGCACUGCAUCACACUGGCUGUGUCCUGUGACAAAGACUCACUCAAACAGGAAAUCCACCUGGAGGAGGACAGGAACUUGCUAAUAGCAGAGGACACGAACGAGGAGAUUACAGCGGAUGCACAGGUGAGGCCAGCUUUAAUCCUUGAAGAAUCUGUCAGUCCAGAUGUAUUUCAUGUUGAGAAAAGCGUCAAUCUUGGUGUGAAGACAUCUCAAGGUAAUCUUACAAGCUCUGAAUUACCGGAAGACUCUAAGACUGUAAGUCGCUCAUUAGGACAGCUACCUUCUUCUGAUUCUGGAAGCUCAGUUCAUGAAAUGGCACAAAAAAAUGACAACCGACAAGUGGAUGUACAGAUAUCAGAAGUAAUAGAUGCUGAUGAAGAAGAGCCAGGCAACACAAACAAAGGAAUGGAAGGUGAAAGUUCUGCAAGUCCCGAUUUAAAUGUAUCCAAGAAGAAAAGAAAAAUGGGCUCCACCCGCAGGAGUCUUGGAUCACGAGCCAAAGACCCACAACAGAGGAAGGAACUUGAGGAUGAAGUAACCAACACUUUAACAAUCGUUCAAGAUAAACAAACGGAGCCGGUGCCCACAUUUGAAGAGAAACAUCCUCAAUUUCCCACCGAACAUGGAGACGGCAGCUCUGAACAAAGACAUGAAGAACUCUUUGUAGCAGUGGAUAGUAGCCAUGGUGAUGAAUCAGCACUGAGACCUCUGGCUCCUGAAGGAAGCCCAGAUUCUGAAAGCCAGCUGAUAAAAAGUGAGCACCUGCUGGCUCCAAAUCCUCCUCUGACAGUCCUUCCCAAAAAUGACAGUGUGUCAGAAGCGGCACCUGGAGCCAGAAGGAAAAAGUUUGGAUCCAACCGAAAGUCACACAUGCAACAGAACAAAAAAGACCAAGUUCCAAGAGACACCGAGGUGGCUGUGGAGAUCCUUGUGGAGGAGGCAGCUCAGGAAGCGAAGGAGGAAAAAUCCCCUCAACUGGACACCAUCUCAGAGGUUGAUAAACAGCAUCAUAAGAAGGGAUUUCCCUCCAUCAGCUCAACAACCGUUAGUAAGGACACUCUGGCCCAAUCUCAACAAGCUACAAUCCACCUGGUCAAGGACCAUCAAAAGCAGCUUGUUUUUGCUGAUCCCAGAGGGUCUGACCUCAUAUCGGACAGCUACAACGUGGUUCUGAUCGGAGACAGCAGCGUAGGGAAGACCUCGUUCAUGAAGAGGGCUCAGAAUGGAAAGUUUUACUCUGAAGUUCAAGCCUCUAUUGGUCUGGACUCCUAUGAGUGGACUGUAGUGGUUGAUGGGAAACGUGUGGUGCUGUGUUUAUGGGAUACAGCCGGCCAGGAAAGGUUUCGCAGCAUCACGAGGCAGAUUUUCCACAAAGCCCAUGCCUUUCUCUUGAUGUAUGACAUCACUUCCUCUCAGAGCUUCUCUGCGGUCAGUUACUGGGCCAACUGUAUCCAGGAAGCUGCGUCAGAAAACGUCACUGUCGUUCUUCUGGGGAACAAGAGCGAUCACACAAAGCGGCAGGUGAAAACUCAACAGGGGGACAUUCUUGCAAAGGAAUAUAAUUUUGAAUUCAUGGAGUGCAGCGCUGCCACAGGGGAAAAUGUGAUUGAAGCCUUGGAAACCGUCGGCAGGUUGCUGAGUCAAAGAGCUGAUUUGAAAGAGGAAACCACAAAGUUACGCAGAGAUCCUGUGCAGAAAAAGCGUUCUGGAUGUUGCUGAAGAAAAGAUGGACUAACAUUUCAAAAAGUUGUAAUUCUUUCUCCUUAUGGGUUGUUGUUCAUUUCUUUUUUUGUAAAAUUAGUGAUUAGUGUAUAGAGUGAGUUGUGUUUCUGCUUCCACUAAUAAGAAGAUACUAAAGAAUUUUAUGUUUUGUUUCAAUUUUUGUUGAUCAAAUAUUAAAAGUAGCAUCCAAUAAACGUGCACAAAAGUUUUUACACUAUUUCUACGAUGUUUCAGGACAAAAUCCUUAUUUGUUAAAUUUCAGAUUUUUAAUCUAAUUGUCAGAGAAAAGUUUUUUUUUAAGUAACUGAUUUUAAAUAAACUUCCCUGUUGCUUUUAGAGAAAAGUUUCUGCAUUCAAAAUCAUCGCGGGAAGUAAUAAUUGGGAUGCUUCAACACCACUGUUUUUAAAAAAUAUUAAAAUUUAAAGACUUCAUAGAUCAUUCCAUCCUAAAACGAAUGUAUAGAGCACACCACAAAGUCUGCCUCAAAAAAAAGUUUGAAAAAA